UAAAUGCGAAUUUGACGGCGGAAGGGGCAAGUGCCCGCCACAUCCAUUUUGGCUGCGAUAAGGGUUGGAUAAGGGAGCUGAUAACUGCCAGUGGCGCGGACGCCGGGUGGCGCUCGUGCGCCGUGGAUUUUGCUCUGCACAGGGUUUUUUUCUGGUGAUGGGCCCGCAUGGUGCCUUGCCAAAGUACGGAGCCAGAUGUGGACCGGCGCGCCUCUAUAUCAACCAGCCCGCCCUCGACAGCAGCUUCUUGCACCCCGCCAUAGCGUCCGGCCGCCCCUCCCUGCCUCCGCUCGUCCUACGCGCCCGCGUCGUUGCCUGCAGACAUGUAUGCCGACCCAGCCACCACAGACCCGGCGAGGCAAGGCGCGCCCGACGUGGUGGAGCGGAAACCCUCGCGCGCGAGCAGUUUUUCCGACAGCAAGGAGAAGCAGCACGAUCCUGAAGUGCAGACCGCGCAGGAGGGCAGUCCAGACCAGGACGAGAAGCGCAAGUCGGCGUGGGACGUCGUGCGUCCGGCGUUGCGCCCUGUGAUCUUGCUAGGCUUGGCCGCCGCCAUCCUAGGCUGGUGGAUCUGCUCUACCAUCUUGAAAGACACCCGGCAUAGGUGGAUUGUGCAGACCUUCUGGGCAUGGUUCUUCCUUAUUACCAUCGCGUUCCGCUGGAUCCCCAAUCGCGUCUUGACCCAUCCUGUGAGCGCGGUAUGGAUGCCGUGCGUCCAGGAGCCGUGGUACAAGCUGCCCUAUCGCCUGCGGUUAACUGUCGGCUGGCUCUGCUUGCUAGGCAUCGUAUUUGGAUCUGCCUUCGGUUUCCCACUGACAGAGGGCACGACCUACGGCGACCGUGCGAUUUCGGUCCUUGGCCUAUUUGUGUUUCAGCUCUGCUUCUGGCUCACGUCGGCACAUCGGUCUGCAGUACCAUGGCCUACGGUCAUUGUUGGCCUUUUCAUCCAGCAAGCCAUUGCGAUGUUCGUGCUGAAGUCGGACGCGGGCUUCAAGAUCUUCCAUUGGAUCGCUACCGCCGCCUCUGAUUUCCUGGCUCAGUCUCAGGCCGGUGCUGCGUUCUUCUUCAACGCGGAUGUCGUAUCCCAAGGCUUUUUCUUCGUGAACACGCUCUCUGCAGUCAUCUUCUUCAUUGCUUUCGUGCAGAUGAUGUACUACCUUGGCGUCAUGCAGUGGUUGAUCAAGGGCUUCGCAUGGGUGUUCUUCAAGCUAUUGAACGUGUCAGGAGCGGAAGCAGUCAUUGCCUCAGCGUCUCCGUUCGUCGGGCAGGGCGAGUCGGCGUGUCUUGUCAGGCCCUACGUCGACCUCAUGACACCAUCCGAGCUGCACCUCACCAUGACCUCGGGCUUCUCCACCAUCUCUGGCUCCGUCCUGACGGCGUACAUCAACCUCGGCGUGCCUCCACAGAACCUCAUCACCGCGUCGGUCAUGUCCAUCCCAGCGUCGAUCGCCAUCAGCAAGAUACGCAUCCCCGAGGUGGACGAGCCUGUCACACGCGGCCGCGUUGUCGUCGAUCAGGGUGUGGAGAAGAACCCGCCGGCAAACGCUCUGCACGCGUUCAGCCGCGGGGCGUGGUUCGGACUCAUGGUCGCCGGGCAGAUCCUCGCAAACGUGUUGACUGUGGUGUCCCUGGUCUCGCUCGUGAACGGGCUGCUCACAUGGAUCGGCAAGGGCUUCGGCAUCCACGCGCUGACGCUGCAGCUCAUCCUCCGCUACAUCUUCUACCCCGUCACGUUCUUCGUCGGCGUGCCGCGCAACGAGAUCCUCCGCGUCGCGGAGCUGCUCGCGACGAAACUUGUCGAGAACGAGUUCGUCGGGUACACCGACCUGAAGGCGAUCAUGGCGAGCGACAACCCGCUCUCGGAGCGCUCGUUCACCAUCGCGUCCUACUGCCUCUGCGGCUUCGCGAACCUGUCCUCGCUCGGCAUCCAGAUCGGCGUGCUCAGCGCGCUCGCGCCGUCCCAGGCGAAGGUCAUCGCGAAGAUCGCCCCUUCCGCGAUGAUCUGCGGGUUCAUUUCGACGUUGCAAGCCGCAGGUAUCGCGGGCAUGCUGGUUUGAUGUGUACAGCGCGGACGUCUUCUGCGGCUUUGUCAGGAGUAGAUGAUGUGUAUGUUGCGUGGGUGAGUCCAUUGUACUUCAGCUGGGACUUGUGGGCGGCUUGCUGGCCGGGGUUAUGUGAAACGGUGUUAUUAGAUACAGCCACUAUUCCUGUACUCAUUACACUGUUGUUGUAAGUAAUGCUAAUCUACACGAGGAAGAACGGCUCUGCAGUAU